AUGUUCAGAAAAAAUAUUACUUUAUUUAAUCUGUUAAGUGUAAGGCACAAAUGGGUAUUUUGUUCGAAUGUCCGUAACUUUUCUAUAUUAGAAAGAUAUAUAAGAGCAAGACCUCAUGAUAAUGAAUUGAAAAUAAAUGAUAUAAAUAUAGAUGAAAAUAAAAAAGAUGAAGAUACAAAAAACAAAAGUAAAUAUUAUUCCCCUAAUAUAACAAGAGGGGUAAUACCGAAAAGUGCUUAUAUGAAUACAUGGAAAAUUCCAGAGCAACCAGAAAAUCCCAAAUUUUUAAAAGUUGCAAUAAUUGGAGCUCCAAAUUCUGGAAAAAGUUCCUUGUUAAAUGCAAUUUUGGAUAAAACUAUUUCAUCAGUUUCACCUAAAAUUAAUACAACAAAACAAGAUAUAAAAGGGAUAUAUACUAAAGACAAUGUUCAAUUAAUAUUUAUUGAUUCUCCAGGAAUUAUACCUUCUCAUAAAAAAAAAAAAUUUUGUAAAGAGUUGGUUAAUUAUGCUUGGAAAGGAUAUGAAGAGGCUGAUUUAGUUGUAUUUGUUGUUGAUACAGUUAAAAGACCUACACACGAUAUUAUUAGUAUUAUUAGAAUGUUAGCUCCCAAACAAAUUGAAGCAUAUAAUAGUGAUAGUGAAGAUGAUAAUGAAAAGGAUAAUAAUAUUUAUAAUGUGACUGGUCACAAAAAUGAAGAUACAAAUAAUGAUUAUGAACAUGAUGCUAAAAUGGGGGGACAAAUAUUAGACGACGAUAAAAAUGAACAUAAUAUGAAUCAAGAAAUUGCGACUGCUACAAAUAAUGAGAAAGUAUCAGAUACUAAAUAUAAUGACAAAUUAGACUCUGAACAAAUUAUAGAUUAUUUUUCCUAUGCCAUGGAUAAAAAUCCAUUAUAUAAUGAUAAAAGUGUUAAAGAAAAUUUAUUUGAAAACCGCAAAAAAAUAAUUGAAUCUUAUAAUCAAUCACAUAAUAAUAAACCAAAAAUAAUACCACCCGUUAUUUUAGUAUUAAAUAAAGUUGAUUUGUGUACAGAAAGUAAAUGGUCAAAUGCACGAGCAAAAGAAUUUAUGAAUAAUGGGAAGUUUGAUAAUAUAUUUUUUAUAUCUGCUAAAUAUAAUAAAGGUGUAGAAGAGCUAAUAGAUUACAUAUCAAAAUUUAAAGCAAAAGAACAACUAUGGGCAUAUCCAAAAGAAGAAAGUACAACUUUAACCAAAGUACAAAUUGUAGAACAAUUAAUUAAUACAUAUUUAUAUUGUUGGUUUAACAAAGAUGUUCCAUAUAAAAUUAAACAUCAUAUGAUAUCAUGGCAUGUAAAUAUAAACAAUUCAAUAAUAAUUGAAUAUCAAAUUGUAGUGAAAAGUGAUAAAGUAGCUAAAAUGAUUUGUGGAGUUCAUAAUAAACUUAUACUUAAUAUGAGAAAAAAUGUGUCUUAUAAAUUAACGAAAUUAUGGGGUCAAGACGUAUAUGUGCACAUUCAUGUCAAAUCUAUUAACUCAUGA